UUUUCGCUGGUUUGUAGUGAUGUGUAGCCACCAUGAGUGAAGGGGAAAUAAAGAUUGAAAAUGGCAAUUGGAAUAGUAUUGCAUGCAAAAAUGGCGUAUAUUGUUGUACAACCCGUGCUGAACACGUCCGUGAACAGAAUUUGAAAAGAUAUGGAGGCUAAAUUGAAGGACUUGUUUUAACUUGCGCUGCAAACCCAUUAACAAGAAUGGGCAGUGCAUCAGCGUAACCAAGGUAAAGUGACCUUUCAUUGCAUUGUCCCAUGGAAGAUUUACUAAAUUAUCGAAAAAGCGGCGGUAUGUUGACGUUGGAAGCACAGUCGCGCGGCGUUACUGUAAAAACAGCGUCUACCACGACAAACGGCGAGUCUGCCGCGGAGCCUCCAUCAUUAUCCUCUGUUAACAUCAGCAGCUCCCGCUUUCCACUGCACUUGACGGCCUCCACUCAUCAAGGUCUCCAGCCGAGGAGGCAACAUCCGCCGCCACCGCAUCAUUUCAAAGCCCAGCACCUUUUCUCAGACGAGGCCGCUCAAGAUGCCGGGAUGAAAAAGUCCUUGCCCUCGCUACAAUACAAGGUACAUGACUCUGCAUUUUGUCGUGUUCUAUCGGCUGAGGCAACUGCUGCCGCUGCUUUCGCCUCGGCGGCAGCGUACUCUGCUGCUAUGGACAAAGACGUAUGGAAGUGUGGAUACUUGAGAAAGCAGAGGCACGGUCACAAGAGGUUUUUCGUGUUGAGGGGGCCAAGUCACUUAGGCCCAAGUCGCUUGGAAUAUUACGACAGUGAGAAGAAAUUCCGCAACGCUCUGAAAUCUGCCUCUGCCUCUACUGCCAGUGUUAUGUGUCCUCCUAAGAGGGUCAUCUAUCUCUCCCAGUGUUUCACUGUCAACAAGAGGGCUGACGCUAAGAACAAAUACCUCAUUGCACUGUACACUAAAGAUGAGUACUUUGCCAUGGUAGCUGAGAACGAACAGGAGCAGGAGGAGUGGUACCAGGCAUUUAAUAACUGGAUGACAGAGGGCAAAAAGGGGCAGUUGGAUCCAGAGGAGUUGGACGAUGGCUACGGAACAAUUUCGCCAGGCACCAUUUUCAAGGAAGUGUGGCAGGUGAAUGUGAAGCCUAAGGGUCUGGGGCAGACUAAGAAUUUGAUGGGGGUUUACCGUCUGUGCCUUUCUGCUAAGACAAUUCACCUUGUGAAGCUUAACUCCGAGACGGCCUCUGUGAACCUGCCACUGAUGAACAUCAGGCGAUGCGGGCACUCGGAGAGCUUCUUUUUCAUCGAGGUGGGCCGGUCGUCCUCCAUCGGGCCUGGCGAGAUAUGGGUGCAGGUGGAGGACUCCGUUGUGGCCCAGAACAUGCAUGAGACCAUCCUGGAGACCAUGCGCGCACUGAAGGCUUUCCCUGAGUUCAGGCCCCGCAGCAAGAGCCAGUCGUCCGGAUCGAACCAAAUCCCAUUUAUCACCACGCGCCGUCACCUAGGCAACCUGCCGCCGAGGCAGACGGGCCUGCGUCGCUGUGCCCGGGUGGACUCCAUGACGGGCACUCCCCCAAAAGGCAAGAGCAAAGGGGGGAACGACCGCUUCCGAACGUCCAGCGAGGGCGACGGCACCAUUGGGCGGCCCCUCAGCUCAGGCACCGGCUCCCUGGUGCACCUGAACACCCCGUGCGUGAACAUGUGCCGUGAGGAGAGCGGCGGCCUGUGUUGCGUGCCCACGUCCCCGGGUUCAUCGUCCACCCAUGCCCCGGUCCGCUCUGUCUCCCAGCCAGCCUCCCACUUCCUGUCCGCCACCAGCCCCAUCAGCGUGUCGUCCAGCAGCGGCCACGGCUCGGCCUCCGACACGCACACACGCCCCUCCAGUUCGUCCAUAUGCGGCUCGCCCAGCGAUGGCGGCUUCAACUCCUCGGACGAGUUCUGCUCCAGCCCGUGCGACUUCCGCUACUUCCGAGCUCGGAGCAGCACGCCCGAGUCGCUCUGCGGCACGCCACCCGUCCGCGACGACUUCCGCCUGAUGGACUACAUGGCCAUGGACCGCUACCAGCUCCACUACCACCAUGACCUGCAUGGCGAACGGGCCAAGACGUUCGAGGAGGAGAGCAGUUACAUGGAGAGAGCGUUUAUCAAACUGUCGCUCGCGUCCAAGGCAAAGUCAGCGGUCGGUGGGGGCCUGAUGCAGCAGAAAGCCACUCAGACGUCCUCCUCGCUGGAUGAGUCCAGUCCGGUCGAGUCCAAACACCAUCCGACCAGCGCCUGCUCCCCAAAGUCGGACUAUAAGCCCUACGCUGAAGUGAGCCACCACCCAUCCAAGCCUACGUUUCAGUUCACCUCUGACGUGCGAAGGAAGCUGUACGAGGACGACGGCUAUGUGCCCAUGACGUUCGCCACCAGCUCCGGUUCUUCCCGAAAGGCGGACUACAUCCCUAUGCAUCCCAGCAUUCUCCAUCCGUCCACCCUGGACAUCCAGUGUGUCCAGCCUUCACAGCAGAAUGCCGACAGCUACAUGCUGAUGCAGCCGGGCGAAGGCCGCUCCUCCCACGCCCUCUCCAGCCCCUCCUGCGGCCGAACGCCCAUGGAGUACAACGACUACAUGGACAUGUCGUUUAGCCACGCGGCCGAAGUGUACGUCCAGAGCCCGCCGCCCGACACACCCAAGUCGCACAGCUCCUACUUCUCCCUGCCACGCUCGUACAAGACCCCCUUGCGGGAAAAAUCGGGCCAGAUGGACAUGUCAGCAGAGACGCCGACCGAUCUGGAUUCUCCCCCGAGCCCGGGGGAGUACAUCCACAUGGACUUUGGAGACCAUCUCACGCGCUCCCCAACAUCCUCUCCCACUGUGACUGCCCCAUUCGCGUCCGCUUGCGAUCCUCACUGUGCGCCCCUGGGCCAGGACUACAUGGGCCUGGACAUGGACAGCCUCCUGUUUAAAGGGCGUCCCCCACGCCACUCCCUCGUGGCCCCCUGGAACCCGCCGAACUACGCCCGCCCCGCCGUGAGCGCCUACCUCCAGGGGCAGACAGACUGCCUGGACCUGGAGAAAGCCUACGCAGCAGGCUCCGGAGCGGCCAAGAGCCCCUUGGGCCUCUACCAGCACCUGUGCGUGCAGGAGGAUCUCCAGGUGGUGCGAACGGAGGCUCCGGGCCGGAGGCGCCACAGCUCCGAGACUUUCUCACACCCCUCAGGCUCGGGUAGGGCAGUAUGUAGCAUGAACGCCUCAGCCAACUCCAGUCCACCAGAGAGUAGCAGCAGCAGCAGCAAAAGGUGGCCAAGCUCUGUUAGCUGCGACAGGUCACCUGCGGAUGACCGCUUGUCCUCUCGCCCCAUUGUACCGCCAGCGAACCUUCUCACAGUCCCUUGCUCUGGUGCAGGAAGAGGGCAACCCCACUCAACCAGCUACCUCAACUAUGGCGCUUUUGACCUGAGGGAGGUUCCCGGGGACACCGAUGGGGUCCCCUCGACGUACCCCGAUCAGGCCCACGGUGAGGACGAAGUCUACGCCAGUGUAGACUUCACCGUGUCACGAGGAUCGACCACUGCCUCAAAAGAUUGAGUAUGUCCUACUCUGGAAGGGGCUGGAUCAUAAACUGAAUUCUGAAGGAGCGAACAUCAGACCUCCAGGAACAAUCAUACUCCCACUCAAACAAUAAUAAUUGCACAACUACUUUUGUUCUGCAUCGUUUUUAACAUAACUGCCUCAGUGACUGGUUUUAAGUUCUUCACGGUUUGUUUUGUGUCUUGUAUUAUGAUUUAUUUUUACUACAACAACAACAACAACACAGUUGUUUGGAUUACUUCUUGAGUUACAGUAUGUUUACUUACAGUAUGUUUACUUGACAACCAACCGCAUGCCACAGCCACAUCCGUUGGCAUGGCGCCUCCUCUCACGCCUCACUAUGGUACGGACUUCAUCAUCCGCACAUCAGCACUUACACCCGCCGGGCAUCGGCCAGCCUCAUGUGGUACACGUGACCUUCAGACUUUGACCUUUGAAGAGCUGCUUGAGUCACAAUGCCAAUCAUCCCCUCGUCCUCCACCUCCUCCUACCACACCUGCCUCCCCAGUAUUUAUUUAUAUUGACUUUAAUUUAUAUAAAUGUAUAUUUUUCCAAGGAGCAAUGACUCACAUUGCAGAAUGUGCAUAAGGGUAUACUAUUUUCAUUGUGAACUAUACUGUUUUUCUUUUUCUUUUUUUAAAUGCUAGCUGUCAUUUGUACGGUUCAUAUAAUGAAUUACCUUCGAUGUUUGUUUACUUUGAACAUUUAGUGUAAGUUAGAGAGUUAGCUCAGAGUGCGAUUCAGACUUUUUGUGAUUAAAUUGACUUCUUUUCUGCAGGUUAUAUCAAACGAGAGCUACAGCUGAUACAGCUUAACUUCUCACUCACUCACUCACUCUUUGUGUCACGUGGGUGAACAUUUCUGCCCAAGUUAUAUCAAUGGGUGCAAAUUACCUGUGCGCCAACCUUUCCUAGUAAAGCAUAUUACCCAUAAAAGUUCCAAAUUCCACAAGUUCCAAAUUUCACACGACUACAUGCUCACACGACUCAAUUUGCCAUUAUGGAUUCAGUUUACCACAUCGGAGUCUUUCACUAAAUUGCAUCAUGACCUAAGACCUCAUUCAUGCGUCACGUUUAGUGCAGUGCAAGGCUUCACUCUACUUUGGGAAAGCCAGAGUUCAAUACAGAUCUCAAAUGCAGAAAUGGCUGCAGGGCUCUUGCAUCUUCACAUCUACAGUACAAUUUUGCAUAAUGUUUACAGACAGUAAAGGCACCACACUCAUUGUAGGCCUUCAGUAACGGUACACUCGAGGUACUUUUGGCUCCUGGUAUGACACACAGUGAAGGCUGCAAUCGCUCUCACCAGUGAAGGGUGAUUUGACUUAUGUAGCACAGGGUAGCUGGUGGAGUGUCAAAUACUUUCAACCGGUACACCUCAGUGACCCUCUGGAGUCCCAUGAAACCCUGUUCUCGGUGCUUUUCUUCAUUGUUUUGCCUAACAAAGUGGGCAGUCGCCCUUACCAUACACAGCCCAUCUGGGCAGAGACCUCACGGGCUACUGUAGACGUGCUACUGUAUUAUGGAGAGAUACUGGAUGUGUACAUAAAAUCUGCUUCUUGACUUGUUAUUUUUUUGCCCCCAUUUUUGGGCCAGGUUAUUUCUUAUUAAAAGGUUGUUAAAUGGUCCCUUAUUGCCUGUACCUGGAAGCUUUACAUAAAGACAUGUUGGGUAAGGGUUGUGUUGGACAGCUGUGUUGUGAGAUGUGUGUUAGCUUUACAUUAGUAGUCCGCCUGUUCAGAGGAAAAUGUGACAAAUCUCCUGUAAGUGAAAUACCCCAUGACUUGAAAUGAUAGUUUGUUCAUGGCUGCCCCGUUUCUUUUGCUAGCUUUUUUGUGUCAUGCUAUUGUGUCACGAUAUUGAAUUGCUUUAAAUGU